AUCUCCAACUUAGUGAUGUGAUGAGUACAAGUCACAAAAGUGGGUAGUCAUCCAGGAAUGAAUUCACAAGCUCAAAUCAUCUCUAAGUCGAGGGGCAAACCUUUAUUGUGCAGCUUAACAAUCAGGGAAAGAACCUAGAGCAAGGUGUGGUAAUUAUGCUAAUUCUGUGCAUUAGUAAAUCAACUGGUGAUCCUGAUCAUCCUAUUUAUACAAAAUAGUCUUGGGAGUUGAUUCUAUAAUUUAUCUUUCAGGUUGCAUACAGUACCAGUGGGGGGUCAAUACAGGAUAGUUCUGUCUGUAUAAGAUAACUCAAGAGGAUCAGCUUGCUUCUCCCUGGGGCUCAGUCAGAUACUGGGUUACUGUCAGAGACAUGGUCUUUUUCCUGGAGCCCAUCAAGAAGGGUCAUUUUCCUUCCAUGACUUCAAAUUUUUCCCUUAUUAAAAAGCUUUUUUUUUUUUAAAGUAACAUUUCAUUGUCUUUGAUAAUAUGUAAUUCACAUUCAGUUCCCAUAGUUCUCUCUCUGGAUGCAGGUGGCUCUGUCCUUCACAAGUUUAUUGGAAUUACCCUGAAUCAUCUCAUUGUUGAAUAGAGCCAAGUGCAUCACAGUUGAUCAUCACAUGAUCUUGUUGCUUUCUCACUCUUUUCAAAUCAUUGCAUCUACUACAGAGAGUAAGGAAGAACCUUUAGGGUGGGGAUUUUUGCAUAUUUGUCGAACUCUACUGCUUAGCAUAAUGCCUUGAAGAAUGUCCUCUUUUGAACUGAAUUUAUUCCUCUCCUUUCUCUAUUGCCAUGUUCUUACUACACAUCCAGAAACCUGACCUGAUGCCAUAGUGCUUUGUUCACCUGAUAGGCAAUGCAGGGUAGACAGUAAGGAUUAGAGAGGCUAUAAUUCACUUGUAGCCCCUUCAACUCCAUUUUGGCAAAGACAAAAGAGCUACCUCUCUGGCCUAUUUUCUCCUCUUAGAGGUAACUAGAUAGUGAAAUGGAUAGAGUUGGCGGGGGAGUUGGGAAGAUCCUUAGCAUUUAUAGCAGUAUGACUCUAGGUGAGUAACUUACAUCAGAGUAACUUCUGAUGGCCUCAAUUUCCUCAGUUGUAAAAUAGGGAUCAUAGCUUCUACCUCACAGAGUUGGGAGGAAAGAGAUGUUUGAAAAACACACAGCACAUAGUAGAUGUUUUAAAAAUGCUUGUUCCCUUCCCUUAUGCUUGUUCCCUUCCUUUGUCCUUCCCAGCAGAGAUUAAGCAGAUUUGCUAAGAACUUCGGGUCUCAUGGCAGCUUCUCAGCUCCUAUCUUCACCAUUAUAUUUCAACCUUUUUUUCCCCAAGAUAAAUCCAGCAAACCAGGUUUAUGUUCCUCUUUCCCAUUUUAUUUUCCUUCCUUACUGAAUCCAGUCCUGGUUUCCUUUCCGCCUAUCUUUCUUCUUCCCUUCCUCUUCUCCCUCCCUUCCCGGGCUUUCUCUUAGCAAACACCCCCUCACCAUCACCCCCGCCCAUCACCGUCUGUCUCCUCAGUUCCCACUCUCUCCCACUCUCUGGCUUAGCUUGCCAGUCCGGCAGCUCUACUUCGGAUCUCUUAACCACCUGGUCCAGUAACGAGACCUAGCAGCUGAGGAGGAGGAAGCGGAGAAGAUCGCCAAGGCUUCCCACGGCCACCUCGCCGCCCCCAGGGGUUGGCGGGGAAGGAGCAGCUGGGAGCCCCCCCAGAAGCACUUCUUCAGAAGACAAUGCACUCGGCGCUUCGCAACCACAGUCCAGUCUCCUCUUCCUCCGGCUCCUUUCCACCGCCCCCAGCCGCUUCCCAGCUGCAGCCGUUCUUUUUUCGGGGGGGUUCGUACCGCAGCUGCCGGAGGGGCUCUAAGGAUAGCAGCACCAGCACCAGCACCAGCCCCAGCAGGGGAGGAGGAAGGAGACGAGGCAGAGGAGGCGGCAGCUUCGGCGGCUCCCCAAGCAGCAGCACAGGAGUGGAGCGGGAAGACGAAGACGAAGAGAGCAUCAGUAUUAGCAAACCCCUGGUGCCCGCCACAGCUUCUGGCCCCCUGCAGCCCCCUGCUCAAGGAGGCGCUCAACUGAUCGCUCACACCGCCUCCUUCUCCUGCUCUUCCUCCAAGUCCACAUCCACCUCCUCUUGUAGUAUGACCGCAGUGGAUUUUGCCGGCGGGGGUGGAGCGGGACCCAUUGGAGGGCCAGGGGGCCGUUCGUCCGGGGGCCCCGGUGGGCCCAGCGGCGGCAGCGGCUCCUUUUGCUGCGCCUGCUGCUGCUGUUGCUGCGGCCACUCAUCCAGGCCCCCGUCCAGGGGUCGGCGAGGCUGUUGUGCCCCUACUUCUGAGUGCAAGUGGGGUUACCAGGCGCUGUCCGUGGUGCUGUUGCUGGCUCAAGGCGGGCUGCUGGACUUGUACCUCAUCACUGUCACCGAUCUGUACUGGUGCUCCUGGAUCGCCACGGAUCUGGUGGUCGUGGUUGGCUGGGCCAUUUUUUUCGCUAAGAACAGCCGGGGCCGAAGAGGAGGAAGUGCUGCCAGCUUGCACAAUCAUUACCAGCACCACCACCACUCGGCACCCCCACCUCUCCACCUGCCCGCUUCAUCGGGCGCAGCCGUGGGAGCCGGGGCUGGAGGCAAAGUGCGGGGUCGCGGGGGUGGGGGCGGCCUGGGAGAUGGUUUGGACUCUGCCGGCUCGGGGGGAGAAUUCGCCUUUGCCUAUUUGGCCUGGCUGAUCUACUCCAUCGCCUUCACGCCCAAGGUGAUUUUGAUACUUGGCACGUCCAUCCUGGACCUAAUCGAACUACGAGCGCCAUUCGGUACCACGGGCUUUCGUCUCACUAUGGCGCUCUCUGCGCCCCUGCUCUACGGUUUGGUACGGGCCAUCAGUGAGGCUGGCGCCCCCCUGGGAUCGGCAGGACCCCUGCUCCUACAGCCCCAGCAGCACCGCGCCGCUGGCUGCUUCCUGGGCACUUGCCUGGACUUACUGGACAGCUUCACCCUGGUGGAAUUGAUGUUAGAAGGCCGGGUACCUCUGCCUUCCCACCUACGCUACCUGCUCAUCUCUGUCUACUUCCUGACGCUCACUUCUCCAGUGCUCUGGCUCUAUGAACUCAACACCCCCACGCCCACGGGAGCCCCGUCCUGGGGAUCCGGGGCCGGGGGCUGUAGCAGGCUCCUGAGAUUGCUGGCUGGCUGCUUGGUGGACGUGCCUUUGUUGGCCUUGCGCUGCCUUCUGGUGGUGAGCUACCAGCAGCCGCUCUCAGUGUUCAUGCUCAAGAACCUCUUUUUCCUUGGUUGCCGGGGAUUGGAAGCCCUGGAGGGUUGUUGGGGCCAAGGGAGUCUGGGUUCUCCUAACAGAAUCCGAGGAGGCUACGGAGUCCCUCCCCCAGCUCCGCCCCCAUCUCCACCGCCGACCACCCCUCAGGGAGGUUCUCAGUUGGGUCACUGCAUCCCAGAGAAUGACACGGGACCCCAUGGCUACGUCAAUACCCUGGUUGUCUCCUCCCAAAAUUAAGGAAGAAGUCACAUCUUGACUUCUCAUACUUUCUACUUCUCACCCAUGUUCCCACUUGUUCUUUCUACUUUUCCUUCAUCUAGAUCUGGAUCAGAUUAUCCUUAGGAAGGGAAAACUACUAUAAGGACCUUCCCACUACCAUGUUACUGUUUUCCUGUAAGAGAGCUGCUUUCUGGGGUAAGGAGCAAUAGACAGUGAGGAAAGUGGGUCCUUUUAAUCUAUUGCAAAUUCAUCCUUCCUCCUCCUUCCCAGACUCAAGCCUACAAAAGAACAACUAAUAAGCUGAAGAGCUUUUCCCCCCUCUUGCUCCUCAUCAUUUCCCAUACAAAUUAUGUAUGUGUACAGUCAUUAUAGGGGAAGGUGAGACAGAGGGGGAAACAGUAGGAGAGGGACCUGAGGUUUAGCUAACUCAGUCCCUUGUCUUGCUCUCAGUAAGUAACAGUUCUCCCUGUAUAAGGCUCUCCCAUGCUAGGGUCAGUGAUAACCUAUGCCCAACAAGUGGUAAUGGACCUAACCACUUUGUUUUUUUCUCUUUCCCUGAUGAACUUUUUGCAAGCAGAGAGGGAGGUAUGUGGUACAAAGAACACUGACCUUGGAGUCAGAUAACAUGACUUUGAAUUUUGGCACUGCCAUUUACCAUGUGUAAUAGCUUAGGCAAACUACUUAACCUUUCAGGCCAGUUUUCUCACUUGUAAAAUGAAAGCUAGGUGACCUCAAAAGUCCUUUCUAGCUCUUAAUUUUUAUAAGUGAUGGCCAUAGGAUGUGUUAGUGAGUGAAUGUGUGUAUGUGUAAUGUAUGUGUGCAUUUUUGUCACUUACCAGGUGAUUCUUUCCACUUGGUAAGAGACAAGAAGCAAUGAGCUUUGCUCACUUCCUUCUCCUCAACUUUCCACUCAUACUUGAACAUGACUGAGUAGAAAACACUGGAUCUGGAGUCAGAUGAGCUGGGUUAAAAUCCUAGCUUUACUAAUUACUUACUACCUUUGUGACUUUAGGCAAAUCACUUUGUGUCUCUGGGCCUCAGUUUUCUGAUCUAUAUAUGAAGGGAUCGGUCAUGAAGUGGAAAGAAUGUUAGCUUUGGAGGCAAAGGACAGCUCCAGUAUUUACUACCUGUGUGAUCUUGGGCAAGUCACUUAAACUCUCUAAGCCUCAGUUUCCUCAUCUGUAAAAUGAGGGGGUUGGAUAAGAUUGCCUUUAAAGUACCUUCCAACUCUAAACAUAUGAUUCUAUGAUUCCUAAAUUCCCUUCCAGUUCAAAAUCCUAGGAUUCUAGGAACUCAUGGCUAUGCAUCCCUGAGUGAGCUGAGCACCUGGGAUUUAUCCAGAUGUUUUCAGGCAGGGUAAAUGUUUCCUCCUAUCCCUUCCCAGUCCAGAUCUCCUCUCCAGCUCUGGAUGUGUUUUUUCUUUUUUCUUUCUUUCUUCCUUCCUUCCUUCCUUCCUUCCUUUCUUUUUUUUUUUAAUAUUUCAAGGACCAAACCACCCUUUCUUGGGUGAGUAAGAAUUACUACCUCUGUGUUUUGAACCUUUGUUGUAUUGUGCACUGAUGUUGCUUACACACACAUAAAAAGGAAAAAAUUGAAUUAAAUUUUGUCCUUAGAUCCUGCUGAUUUGAUGCCAGUGAUAACAGGAUCUGUUAGCUACCAGUCCUACUAUUCCCCUCUUCGCUGCCAGAACUCUUAUUUUCCUUGUGCCAAGAAUAUGGCUUAAAGUGAGUUGUCUUGGGUUCUUGGUGGAUGGAUUUUGGGGUAGAUUUGCUUUUCCUAAGGGGAGAAAUAGGGGAGACCACUCUCUUGUCAAUGCCCCUUCCAAGAGCUUUUAGUGGAACAGAAAAGAUUAUGUUGCUUAGGUCAAAAAUGGAGUGAGUUCAAGAGGAUAGAAUUGAGGGAUGAAAGUGGAUAAGGGUGGGUAACAAUAUUGUCAAUAUUUCUCUGUGCCACCUUUAUUGAUUUCUGUGGUAAUUGAUGAAGAAGGGAGCUUGUUACAACCAGGGCUUACCUUGAUUGGUGAGUUUUGUGAAUUUUCAUAUAUGAUAUUCUGAGGAUUUUUGUUGUUCGUGUUGUUUUCGUGGGUGGGGUAGGAAAUUGUAGGGAUCAGGGUAAGAUGAAACUCCCUUUCCUUCAGUUGCUAGCUGUCAAUUAAAUAGAACAGGAAAGAAGAGAGAGGAACUCUCCUUUUCUUUUCCCUUAUUGACUUAUAAAGGAUAGACUAUUAAAGCCCUGGUUCUAACAUUCCUUGGUAAGAUGACCUAGCUAAAAAAGUACUUAGGAUGGGCGGACAUGGGUGACAAAUAUAGAAAACCUGAUAUGCACUCACAACGGUAUUUCUGAGGUUGUGGGUAAGCAGCUAAGGGUAGGAGCACAAGACAUAUUGCUGUGAGGGGCUUAUAAUGACUACUAUUAUCAGAUUUUUCCUAGAUCCUUCCCUUUUGUCCCCUCCCCCAUGCAUGAGGAAGGGAAAACAAGAGCCAAGUAAUAUAUCACUGGCUCAAAGAAAUGGAACCAGUGAGCCCGAUUUUGAAGAAAGCCUCCACUAAAACAUUCCCAGAACAAUCUAAUCCCUUUGGGAUUUCAUAAAGAGUAAAUAAGAAGGAUAUGACAGAGGGAAUUUGAAAGAGUGACAAUGCUGUCAUUCUUUUCCUACUUGCUUUCCCUGCUCUUCCUGUCAUUGAUUGUACAAGACUUUUGAACUUUGGAACCAACUAUUAUUUUCUUCUUUUGCAUUUCUAACUUCUCCUUGUAAUCCCAUUUGCUAAAGGGCUGAGGGCCUUGGUCCCAGAUUUACCUUAGAAAGCACAAGAUGCAUUCUCCAAUUCUCCUUCCUUUUUUCCACAUCUUUCCAUCUCCUGUUUUUUGAGAGAAAACAAUUCUCUGAUACAUAAAAUAAAUGUGAAAAGAUGACUGCGUUGGAGCCAUGAUCAGCUUCCUAACUGGUAUCUAUUCCUAUUCCUUUGCUAUCAUUUGGACAAUUUUGGUGCUGUGAGUGAUUGUGACUAUAAAACCUUGGAAUGCUAUUAGCUUUUCCGAAGUGAUGCUAGAAUGAAUGUGAAGGAGCUGCCACCUCUCUGGUCAUGGAUAAAGGAUGAUUAUACUCGAGAAAACUUCAGCCAAAGACAGACCAGCCCAAGCAAAAAGACAUCUUUUCUCAGUUGUAAAAAUGCUUUGAAUUCUUUUGGCAGUUAUUAUAAUUACUUCAUUAUAAUUGCUCAUGUAAGCUCUGAGUUACCAUUAUCUUAAUUCCCAUUCCAUUGAUGAGUUGGGUGCCCAGAAUUUAUCUAACUACAUCUCCCAUCUCCUCUUUGUGAUAUUAGGGGUGCCCCUGGGAGUUAACAAGGUUAUUGUUUCAAGCACUCAUUGUGCUCGAUGUUCUCUGUUCCCUCUGUACAUGUCAAUUAUAAGUUGAUAACCAA